UCUAGCACUUUGCUUGAUGCUUAGCUCUUCAAAUCUUUUUGCUUCUGCCCCUUGAGAAGGGAACCUUAGCCAUUCUUCCUCCUUGGAUCCUUAGCCCUGGCACACGGCCCUGCCCUGCCUGCCAGUCUCUGAACAAGCUCCCAAGAUUGGAAAAGCUGGGAACCUACUCACUGGAGGGGAAAACCAAGGACAUCUACUAAGUUCCUUCCCAAUUGUGCUGUCCAGACAGGAUCUAACUUGCUCUGUGGAAAGGCAGGUUGUGAUAUGGAGGGGUCAAUGUCUUCAUCAUCCCAGUUAUGACACCAGAGCCAUUGUCCGGCUCACAGUUUACUCCAGAUAUGUGGAUAUUGUCCCUGGCAUUGAUCCUAGUGCACCUGCCUUCCACCUGCUUUCAGCCUGCAACUUUUCCGGACUCUGUCAGCUGCUCACAGAAUCUGGGCUGCCGGUUGCUAGAAAGGGAUGUCGUGUGCACCCCUGGCGAAGCAAUGCCCGCGCCACAGCAGCUGCCGCGGGGGUGGCCCUCUGCCCCAACUCUGCAGCUGACCCAGCUCAAGACAAGUACCACGCUUCAGUGCAAGCAUGAGCAAGACUGCCUCCCCUGUGUGCAGGUGACGCUACAGCUUGGCCUGCUGGGCGCCAAGCACAAUGGAGGAAGUGGGAGGAAUGGUAUGCAGCCCAGGAGACACGAUGGCAACACUGAGGAAUUUAGGCGAACACACGUUCUGCUCUCAGCCCAGACAUACGCUUCCUCCCGCUGUGUCGCUGUGGAGAUUUGGCUUCCCCACACCCAUGACUGGGUCAACAGCACUCUGGGCUCUCUCCAGUUUGACUGCUUUCCAGUUGCUCUGAGUGGGGAGUUGCAUGUCACAGCCUUCAUUAGGUCCCUGUACCAGUCUACACCUGUGCUAAAAGAUACACACUACGGACCAAACUGCACCUGGCUCAAAGCAAAAGCCAUCCGCCUCUGCCAAGUGCCCAGGCUGGAGAUCUUUGUGAAACCAGAGGAGGUUGUGCUGCAGGUGUUGGAUUUCCCUGUUGGACAGCACUUUGAUUUAUGGCUGUAUCUAAACCAGACUCGUGAACCUAAAGGGCUGGGGGAUCCCAGAUUGCUGACACAACCUGAGAAUGUGAGCAUACCUGUCUCCCAGGUGUUUUCUUGUCUCUGCCUGCAGGUCUGGACCAAAGUUAAAGACUCACCACGAACCUACCUGUGUCCCUUUGAAAAUGAUGCUGCCGCUUUGGCCAGGGUCUGGGCACAGAGCCGCCUAGAACUCAAUGUCUUCGGUGGAACGUUGAGCUGCUCAUUCUCCUCGCCAUGUGACCUCCCAGGGGAGCUGGUUCCCUGCUGGAGUGGGGGGCUGUCUGCCUGCCACCCACUGCACCCCAAGUUGCGUCUGGCCCUCAUUUCUCAUGAGCCACAGGAGUUCCCAGGACUGACACCCCACCCCAACAUCUGUGUGCAGGUGAAAAGCAAUGGAAGAACCUAUCGCCAGAGGUGUCUACAGGACGAUCCCGUAGAGAAGCUGCUGCUGCUUUGGAAGACCCAGGAUUCCCAAGGCAACCCAUCCUUCCGUGUCUUGGAGCAGGACACCUGGGUCCCCAUUGCUCAGGCGGCCAGCACAAGAAAUGGAUUCCUGGAGGAAGCCCUGCAGAAUGACCUGCAAUCUGGAGAAUGCUCUCAGGUGUGGCAUGGAAAGGACAAUGAAGCCGGCAAGAUCUGGGCUUGCUCUCUGGAGAAGUAUUGCCGAACACACUGGGUGUUGGUCUGGAUGGUGACUCUCCUCAGCGUCUGCUCUCUCCUGUUUGUGUUGCUGCUCAAGAAGGAAGCACUGAAAGGCUGGCUCAGGCUCCUGAAAGAGGAUUACGGUUCACGAGGAGCGCUUCUGGGACGGCACGUUCUCAUCCUCUACUCUCCAGAUCAUGCGGGCUUUGAGCAUCUAGUGAGCAGCCUGGCUGCUGCACUGACCCAACUGCAGCUGGCCGUGUCCCUGGAGCUGUGGAGUCGGGGCAAGCUGGGCUCCUUGGGGCCCAUGCAGUGGCUCCAUGCACAGCGGCAGCAGGUGCUACAAGAAGGCGGAUCCAUCGUCUUACUUUUCUCCCCAGGGGCUGUGGCCAGUUGUGCUGAAUGGCUGGGCUGGGAAGAGAAAGGCACCCUGUCCCACAUCGACCCCAACAGCACUUUCUUGGCCUCCCUCAACUGUGUCCUGCCAGACUUCCUGGCUGGAAAGGCCAAGGACAGAUACGUGGUUGCCUGCUUUGAGGAGCUGCUUCACGUCGAUAAGAUCCCCGCACUCUUCCGUUCGGUGCCUGUCUACCCUCUGCCAUCACAGGUUUUCAGUUUUCUGCUGGCACUGGCUGGACCCAGAGUGGGCCAUGAGCAGAGGAGCAGGCUGAGGAGACACGCUGUGUGGAUCAGCAAGAGCCUGGAGCGUGCAGUGCAGGAGUGCCAGAAAAAGGAUACAAGCUGACAGCACCCACUGUUGCUGGAAAUGGACAGAUCGAAGGAGACCACAGACAUCCGUUCACAGAGUCCUGACUGAGAGACUGACUUUCAGAAGUGGGUUGCAAUUUGCCUCGUUCACAAAAGUGUGGCUGAGUGCAUGGACGUGAAGUCUCCAUGUUGGCAUUGUGGGCAAGCAACCCAGCUUCAGCACUGAGGAGUCUGCUCCCCUGUUUGUAAUUUGGAUGGGGAGCCACAGCAUAGCUGGAUCAUGCAGAUGCACUAAUUUGGGCACAGCUGCAAAUAUGAGAGGUGUGUGCAUGACCUUGUUUACAGCUCCAGAUGGAGCCUGACAAUAUUUAUUGCACUUUGAGGAAUGGAGGGAUUCCAUGAACAGAAGCGGUAAACCUAUAUAUCCGAGCUGCUGGGGACAAACAAGAGGUGCCGAUCACCCUCAUGCCUUGCUUGUGCACUCCUAGAGGCACCUGGCUGGCUGGCAGCUGCUGCAAACAGCAUGCUGGGGUAGAGGGACUCUGAUUGGGUCCAGCAGGGCAGUUCUGAUGUUCUGCAUUGGCAUUCUUCCUUUAAAGCUUUGACUUCAGGGUUGCAGGAGAGCUGCACCCAAUACAAUGACAAGGUUGAAAAGCAGGGCCAUCUGAAGCAGGUGCUAGAGGUGGGGGGGUGGCCACCUGGAGGGCCCCCAUCCUGCAACAAUAACAACAACAAUGUAUAUACCGCUUUUCAACAAAAAUUUCCAAAGCGGUUUACAUAGAGAAAUAAUUAAUUAAUUAACUAACUAACUAACUAAUAAAUAAAUAAGAUGGAUUUAUUUAUUUACUGCAGCUCAACAACAGAGACUCUGCACAAGCUAGAGACAGUCCUGUUGAAAAGUAUUUAACAGUGAGUGAGUGAGUGUUUGUGUGUCUGUGUGUGAGAGAGAACUUUCUACAGAGGUGAGGGCUGCUGCCAGAUAAGGACCGAGAUUCUCUCAAGGCUGCAGAACUCCGGCCUAGUGGUUGUUGGACUACAACUCCCAUUACCCCAGCCACAAUGGCCAAUCAUCCAGGAUAAUGGGAGAAGUCCAAUAACAGCUGGAGGGCCAUGUACCUUUGGCAUUCAGAGAUCCAGAGGUAUUUGGAUCUCUGAAUGCCUCUGAAUUUGGAUCUCUGCACCCUGUGGGUGCAGCAAAGUUGGAGUGGGCCCUGGGACAAAAGGUGAAGGUGGAUCCUUGCCCCCUCCACCUCCCCAUCUUCUGGAGAAGGAGCCCAUUUGUUCAGCUCCCUUUGUUCAGUUAUAGCUAGGAAUAGUAGGAAUAGUAAAUGUCUACUUUAGAGAUAGGCAAAAGUGAUAACAGUGUUUUUUAAUGAAUUAUUGGUGUGACUCAGCAUGUGGCCAUUCUUGCUCUUUCUGCAGUAAGAGUGUUUUCUCUAAAAAUAAUGGGCAUUAAUUUCAAUUUUAUGGGCAUUAAAUGUUUUUAAAGUCUCUCUGAAUCUGGAUAUGAUGAACCAGCAGGACCCCUUGGAGGAGUGGCCUUGAGUUGGAAGAUGCUGCAUCCAGCUCCAACGCAGCCUCCUAUUAGCAGCAGGGAGUCUCUAAACUGCAACCACUGCUUAUGAAUAUUCAUCCAAUUUCCUUUCUUAAACAUCUACAGAUUUUUUGUUAACUUCCUUGAGCAACACAUUCUGUGCCCCAGUCAUUCAUGCAAUCAUGAAGUAUUUUCUGAUACUGAACCUAGAAUUUUAAUUUCCUAAUAAAGCUCAUCCUGGUUUUUGUACCUGUCUGUUUUGGAAGAAGUCUUUGUUUUUUAAACUCUGAAAUAGUGCAGGAACUUCAUGUCAGGCAACCAAAAUAAUUCAUUCCUGGUUAAUAGCUUCAUCAUGCUGGUGGAGACUGUAUGCAUAUGGACUUUUGGAGGUGCUUAUCUGCAACCAAUCUUUGGUUGCCAUCCUAAACAUGAAGACACAGACUUUAUUUCAAAGUAAAUAUGAUUGAGAUUGCUGGCCCCCCAGAUAUGAGUGUACCUCCAUUUUAUACAAUGGCUACUAGACUUUAGUGGUAUAAUUUAAGAUAUGUAUUUUAUUUGCAAUGUGCUCUAGGUGCUUUUGUUUUACAUAUGAUACUCUCACUCUGAGAUCCUCAUAGGAGACAAUCCAUGUUAGACCACUUCUAGAGGGGUAACUGUGUUUAGUCUGUUGUUAACAUAACACCACUGAUACUUUAAGAAUGAACAUGUUAUGUGUUCAUCCUUAAGGUAUCAGCGUUAUUAUUUUGGCAACAGACUAUACACAUUUAUCAUAGCAUAAACUUCCAUGGACUUCAAAUGUGUGAAGUUUUAUCCCAGGUUAGCAGGUAGAGGAGUGUUUGUGUGUGUACACACACAUACAUGUGUGUACACACACAUACAUGCUUUUAAUUAAUGGUUUUAAUGGUUUUAAAGUAAACUGCCCAGUUUAAAAUGCUGUUUUAAAGUAUUGUUUUGAAAAAUUUUAAAUUGUUGUAAUGUGUGUGUGUCUCCCCCAUUUCUGUCUUAACGAAUGUUUUACUUUGUUUUUAUUCUGUUGUAAACUGCCCAGACAUGUAAGUUUUGGGUGGCAUAAAAAUGUUUUAAUAAAUUAAUAAAUAAAUAAAACACA